CUCAGCGCUCACACUCUCUCUGAUUGGCGCUCGCGGCCGUCCAUCACCCUGCGGGCCCGCCCAGCCGGCGGUUGCGGCGCUGAGGGGAGGCUCCGCCAUGGCGCAGCCCGAGGAGCCGCAGCCCGCGGUGCUUCCCUCCUGCCCGCUGCCCACCAAGAUCUGCCAUGUGGCCCGCAGCGAGCGGCCGCGCUCCUGCUGCGGCAUGGCCAUGGCCGGCUUCCGCACUGCCAAGUACCAGAUGCCCGAGUGGCAGCGCCGCAACGCCGGCGUUUGCUCCAAGGCGGUGUCGGCGGGCGAGGAGGCGGAGCGGGGCCGCGCCGAGGCCGCGCACCUGAUGAAGCAGGCGGCCGCCAACGCGCAGCGAGCCCAGGAAUACUCCAGAGCAACGCUGGGCCAGCGGCUGCAGGACAUCCAGUUCUGGAGGGUGGAGCUGCAGAAGGAGAUCAUGGAUCUGGACAACGAGACCAACAUGCUGGCGGCGCAGAAGCUGCGGCUGGAGCGGGCGCUCGAUGCCACCGAGGUGCCCUACGCGGUUGUCAUCGAUAACCUGGAGUGCCGGGACCGGCGGCAGCCCCCGGACCUGGUGAUCGAUGAGGUGGAGAGGCAGCUGCUGAAGGAAGCAGAUCUUAUCCGGGAUAUCCGGGAUCUUCUGAAAAGAACCAUCAUCCAAGCUACCACCCAGAUAAGGUAAAACAUUU